AUGGUGGUGGUUCUUGGUCCGGUGGUGGCAAUUUCGUCAGAGGUAGCAUCGUCGGUGAUUGACGAGGCCGAACAAAUGGGAGGGAGAAGCAGCGAUUGUUUGUCUGUCGGCUUCACAAACCGAUGUGGUCUCCUGGGUUCGAUGGAUCUGAUCUCGGUUCCUGCAGAAAAAACAAACAUAACACUGGUGGAUCUUGUAAGUUCUGAUAAUCAACAACAGUUGACUGAUGAAGACGUGGAUACAAAAGAUACAGUUGACUCGGUAAAACCAUUGAAAACGCCCCGAGUCACAAUUCAGAGACAAAACAGGUUCUCUAAGCUUAGUCAUCUACCGGAUGACAAAGAUUAUCGAUAUGGGUUGGAGUUACCUGUAGAUGUGAACCAUCCAAUACAUGGUGAAGAUGAUGCACCACAUCCCACUAAAGAUGAUGUAGGUGUGAUCCAGCCAAAUCCGGCUGAUAAUGAUGAAUCAGAGUCGGGUGAAGACUGA